UCCCGCCGGCGCAGGCAGUGGCGGCGGCAGCAGGCUAUCCUUGGCCCCGCGAGGCCAUGAAGGUGAAGAAGGGCGGCGGUGGGGACGGAACGGGAACAGAGCCCGCUCCAGGGGCUUCGGGCACGAGCGUGGAACCCACGCCGGAGCCGCGGGCGGAAUCCGAAUCUGGGUCUGAGUCGGAGCCGGAGGCAGGCCCGGGGCCCAGGCCGGGGCCGCUGCAGGGAAAGCAGCCCAUCGGGCCGGAGGACGUGCUGGGGCUGCAGCGCAUCACCGGCGACUACCUGUGCUCCCCUGAGGAGAAUAUCUACAAGAUCGACUUUGUCAGGUUCAAGAUCCGGGACAUGGACUCAGGCACUGUCCUCUUUGAAAUCAAGAAGCCCCCCGCCUCAGAGCGGUUGCCCAUCAAUCGGCGGGACCUGGAUCCCAAUGCUGGACGCUUUGUCCGCUACCAGUUCACGCCUGCCUUCCUCCGCCUGAGGCAGGUGGGAGCCACGGUGGAGUUCACAGUGGGAGACAAGCCAGUCAACAACUUCCGAAUGAUUGAGAGGCACUACUUCCGCAACCAGCUACUCAAAAGCUUUGACUUCCACUUUGGUUUCUGCAUCCCCAGCAGCAAGAACACAUGCGAGCACAUCUAUGACUUCCCCCCUCUCUCUGAGGAGCUGAUCAGCGAGAUGAUUCGUCACCCAUAUGAGACACAGUCUGACAGCUUCUACUUCGUGGAUGACCGGCUGGUGAUGCACAAUAAAGCAGACUAUUCCUACAGUGGGACACCCUGAUCCCCCAAACUGCCCCUUAGUCCAGGAGGUCCUGAGCUCUGACUAUCCAGCAUCACCUGUCAACUCUAGGUCCUCUACAUGGGGAGUGCUCCAGGAACCCUGGACCCCAAGUCAAUGUUGGGAGGAAGGGUGACUAGUGUCCCCAGGCCAAGCCCUUGAAGCCCAUGGGGUCUGGUACAUGGGGAUGGGUAGUAGUGAGGCUGUUUACCUCCAUGUCCAGAAGAGCCUCCUACAAGAGGAGCAGCCAGGACUCCCAGACAGUCUAACUUGGCCCUCUUGGGCCCAAGUUUCAGAAUAGUGUCCCCUACUCCAGGCUGUGACUAGAACAGGGCAGGGAUCCAUUCUCUGUCCCCUACCUGCCACCUCCAGGCCAUUUAGAGUUGUAAUUCUCUAUGAUCCACAGUGGGUCUGGGCCCUGGCCCUAGCCCCAGCUUCUUCCAUCUGGGGCCGAGACACUGCCUAAGGUAUAGGAGGGACUGGCCCAGAUUGUAGCCUGUGGUAGGAGCUGGACCAACUGUAUAUAGUUUUCAAUAAACUUUUUUCCUUUUCUGUUC